AUGUUCAUGUUAAUACUGCGCAAUGGAGUGCAAUUAUCAUUGGAAACUGUUAGUUUUGUGGAGGUGGGUGUCAUAGGAUCAAGCUUUGGAGUUCUCAUUUUAGUGGUGCUCACUGGACGCGCCCCGAUUGAUGACACCGAAGAGGAAAGGAGGCACUUCCUACCUUGGGUAAACGAAUGUCUGUUGCAGGGGAAUGUGGCAGACCUGAAGAGCCCCAGUGUGGACGCCCCAGAGGAAGUGCUGCUGCACCUCACUCAGCUCGCUGUGAGCUGCACGGUGGGGCGCACGGCAAGCCGGCCAACCAUGGGGGACAUUGCCAAUGAGCUGCAGUCGAUUAGGAACGAAGUGGCGGGGAAGGAGGAGGUGAGUGCGGCGGUGAAGGUGGAUGAGGAGGAAGAAGAAAGAAAGAAAGCGUUCAUGAUGGUCAGAACCCUGGAUGAAGAAAUAGACCGCAUUGGCGACGACAAUUUUGCAUGA